UAAUUUUAUCCAAUUGAGGCAAUAAAUUCGCAAAACCUUAUGAUUUAUUUCAAAAAGUUGACCUUCAUACAAUUAAUAAAUUUCAUAUCUGCCAUCUACCAAUCAGUUGUUUGUUUUGAGAUAAUGCCAUUUUAAAAAUAUCUCUUGACUGAAACUGAAAUGUCUAGAGUCAUGUGUCUAGUCAAAGCUAUUGUGAUUACUUGUAUUCUACUAAUUAAGUUGGACGGAAGUGAUAGCAUACAAGAAGUAAAUCAAUUUGAUGAUGGAGGUUCUAAUAUUCUUGUAGCUGUUGUUCAGAUUUAUCGUCACGGAAUACGAACUCCAUAUUCAUUUUACAAAAAUGAUCCUCAUUUUAACUUAUCAAUAUGGGAGGGACUUGGUGCCAAACAACUUAUGAAUGAAGGAAAACGUCAGCACUAUUCGCUUGGUCAAUUUACAAGACAGCGGUAUGCAGACUUUUUACCGGAAAGGUACGACAAAGAUGUAAUAACCGCAUAUACAACAGACUCCGACAGAACCCACAUGUCAGGUCAAUGCAAUCUAUAUGGAUUAUUCCCAGCAAAAAAUGACCAGAUUUGGAAGGAAAACUUAUCAUGGCAACCAAUUCCUUUGCAACUUGCAGAUCCGAAUAUUUUGUACUCUGAACCUUAUCAAUGCGCCAAUUAUGUACAACUUGUGGAUGAAGUAUGGAAGACCGAAGAAUACGCAGCUGUUAAUCAAAAAUACAAAUCCACGUAUGAAUAUAUUUCUAAGCAUUCUGGAGAAAACAUAACUGACGCACUUUCUACAUGGAAUGUGUUUGACUGCUUGGACACUGAACAUAAACUUGGACUGCAGCUACCGGAGUGGGCAAAUACGAUUUAUCCGGAACCUUUGACUUAUCUAAAUGCACUAAGCUACAAAUCUUUUACUGGAACUACGUUACUAAAACAGCUAGGUGCCGGAAGACUCAUAAACCAAAUUAUUACGUAUUUUGAUGCAAUGGCUUCUAACACACUAUCGACGCCCAAGAUUAUAACAUAUAGUGCACACGAUGAGAACAUAGCUUCAAUUUUAAAUUGUUUUGGAGCUUUUGAUACCCCUUACGUACCAACAUUUGCAAGUUCUAUAUGGAUGGAGCUUAAAGAAAUGUCGGGCAAUUUUUAUGUUAAUGUAUUCAGCAGAGAUAUUUCUGAUAUAAUGCAAAUCAAAGUAAAAAACUGUAAUGUAAAUUGCCCAUUCGAUCAGUUUAAAUUACUUUUAAAAGACAUUGUGGUAGAUUAUAAGAAAUGGAACGAAAUCUGCACACCUUCUUAAAAUACCCAAACUUCAUUAUAAUAAACCAAAAUUUUUAAAAUUCUAUAUCAAAAUUAUAAUAAACCAGACAACCCAACUAA